UUUCUUUCUUCUUACACCUGCGCCGAAAAACGCAUGUUUUUCCCAAUUUCACCGACAUAAACAAAGGCUAUUUAUACACGAAUCGGCUAAACAAGAGGCGAACUAAGUGCCUUAUUUUAAUCGGCGUCCGCAGAAGUUUUCCGUUUUUGAAUGCGUGUGGUUGGGCCUGUUAAUGUCGGCCAAAAACUAGACGGCGGCCAAUUAAAUCAGCGGCAGCAGAAGAGGAAGCGCACAAUUUAUUGGGCAAUUGUGGCUGCCAAGAAUACAAGAAUCCGAAAGGGGCCACUUCACGGUGGUAAACAAACGGGAUUUCGAUGAUAACCAGGAUCUAGUGAGAGCAUCUACGGCUUGGAGACACUAUUACCCAUAAAAGAGUUGAUUUAAAUUAAAGUUCUAUUCUCAAUUGCCAUCAAACUGACCAAUGAACAUUAACUAGUUGCAGUGCGUUUAUAAGAUAAACCAGAAUCUGAAUAAUCUCUACCAGACGACGAUAUUUGCCAAGAAUUCGAGGGUUAAUAGGGUCAACGACUGUAAACAACCAAUCGGAUCUGAAUAACUUGUUGCAGUAGAUGCGAACACAAUUAAUUUGCACAACAAUGGACUGAUGCAAACAGUUGUUAGCCGAUGUCUGCCAAAAAAAAAAGCAAAAGGAAGGGCAACAUAAGCAGAAACUACAACAAUUGGCAAAGCAGCAGCAACAAUUGCAAGAACUGUAGCAAAUAUUGCAUGUACAACAGCAACAAUAGCAAGAAAACCCGCAGCAACAGCAACAUGCCCCUGCGGCAACCCGGCCAUAUCAACAUUUCGCCUAGAAUUGAGCAAUUUGCCAGUGCCGCUGCUGCCUCUGCGUAUACGUAAUAUUAAAAAUAGGCUAUCGCCCAGGCUGCAGGAUGAACAAGCGCAGCGUCGUCAUCGCGGGAAUCGUGGCCAGCCUUCUGGGCCUUGUGCUCGGUGCCAACUUCUACUUCAUGUACUACCUGAGCGCAGAGGAGGGUCACUUGGCCAGCGUUCGGGCGCUGGAGAACAUGAUCAGGCACAAGAUGCGUCAUCUGAAGCCCAACUACCUCAAUCGAAAUCCGCGCUUCUUCAUGUUCCGCAACAAGCUGCUCAAGAACUACAAGGCGGCACCCUACGAGAACGCCAGUGUCCUGUGGGACAUUGCGAACUGGUGGCCGCAUGAAAACGAGGUUUAUCCGCUGUAUGACUCAUCGAUGGGUCAGCUACUAGAAACGAUGCGCCGCGAACCCAUCACCAGGGUAAGCAACCUGGGACGCGGGACCCAGCUGAAGCUGCUGAUAAAGCUAUCACAGCAACAAAAGGUGAUUUUCAAGCCGCAAUGGUAUCCGCGUGACGAGGUGAUCGAGGGAGUGGUGUACAGCGGGAAGGAUCGGCACACUGCGGAGGUAUAUGCGUUCUAUCUGGGCGCCGUGCUUGACUUUCGGUGGACGCCAAUCGUAGUGGGUCGAGUGGUGAAUCUAAAGAAGGAGAUCUACGCCAAUGGGGACCAGGAACUCCAGCAAACUAUAAACAUCGAAACGGACGAGGAGGGCAAGGAAACGUACUGCCUGUUCGGAAAGUGUCACUACUGCAACGAGGAGGAGACGGUCUGUGGGGACGAGAAGCACAACAUCGAGGGUGUGCUCAUCUAUAUCGUUCCGGGAACGAUGGCUAAACGGCGGUCUCCAUGGCAGCGAACCUAUAAGGAAGACAAGCGGGCGCCAUGGGAGGACGACAUGACAUACUGCAAGUCAUUGAAGAACAAAAUGGAGACCAUUCGCUUGCUGGACCUCAUAGAUGUGGCCAUUUUCGAUUAUCUCAUCCAGAAUGGGGAUCGCCAUCACUAUGAGACGCGGGAAGAGCGCGUGGUGCUCAUCGAUAAUGGAAAAGCUUUUGGAAAUCCGAAUAAAGAUCACUUGGAUAUCCUGGCACCCCUCUACCAAUGCUGCCUCCUGCGCAAGUCUACGUGGGAUCGCCUGCAGGUUUUCUCAGGUGGCGUGCUGACGGAAAUCGUCGAUCGGCUGUCCAAACAGGAUGCCCUCUAUCCACUUAUUACAGAUAAGCAUAAAAAAGGAGUGGAAAGGAGACUUCUAGUGGUCUACGCGGUUGUGGAGCACUGCAUGGACAUCGAGGGCGAGAAAAUGUUCAAAACUCUGUAGUUCAAGCUUGAGAUUAGGGCUUAAAAAGUUGUUGACCCUGAAUAGGCCAGCACUAGAGCUUCCGGAACACUCACUUUCCACUUCCUACAUAAGAAGAUAGCUAAAAGUAUCUAGAAACUUAUAUAAUAAUUUUAGUCAAUGAUUUCCUUCAACGGCUGUCAAUAUUCACUUAAAGUUCUUAAAAUAUGUAACCCUUUAAAGUUUAUUUUUAACGUAAUUGGUUUUAAUGUUUUAGGUAGGUUAACGAUUUUCAACAAAGCAAAUUAGGCAAAAAAGUCGAAAAGAUUAUUUGAUAAACCUAAAUGCCAUCCAUUUAAUAAUUUUAUUUAUAGAAAACAUGACACCUUAAUUUUAAUAAUAAGGCUAAAUUGUGAAAGUAUCUUUAGCAAAUUGAAUGCAAAUAAUAACACGCAUAUCCCCAUUGGUAUGAAAUUCUA